UGCUUUAACUUAUAUUGAAGUUGCUUGUAACAUUAAUUUGUGUAUUACACGUAAUUUUGUGUGCGUUUUGCGCUGGUGUCUAUAGUAACCUAGGCUCAAUUAAAGACGAUUAACUAUAACUAACCUAUAUAUUCUUUUCAUUUCUUUUCUAAGUACAAAAUAUACUGCUUUUGAAAGUAUUUUUAUUAUUAAUAGCAGACUAGAUGAGAUAUUUAGUUUAGUAGUCUAUGGGCAUUCACUACAACUAGAAAGUGAAAGUAAUUCGGAUAGUACAGAACUGCAUACUGCGUUUUCCCUUUCCAAACUCCCGAAUAAAAUCCAGCACACUUCACCAUGUCCCUACAACAUUCUCUCGAGCGACACAGUAGAAAAUUACUGCACGUAUACAAAGAUGAACCAAACUCAAAUGUGGACGUGUAUUUUUGUGAUAUUUUUAACUCUGCAGAGUCAAUGCUCCGCUUGCAGAUGGCUCGGCAGAUAUGGGACGGUGAGCGCCGAUUCUCUGAAUCUGCUUCGGGAAAUGAGUGGACAAUAUCCUGAGAAUGUCAAGAUGCAUUUUCCGGGGACCCUGUACAACCUGAUAGACAAAGCUGAGGUGGAGGACCAGGUGAGGUUUCUUGUCUUGACCUUGGAUCAUAUCAUCAAUCUCAUGGAUGCCUCAGAGCACAUGAAUUCAGCUAAAUGGAACCUAAAGAAAGUGGAAUAUUUCCUAGAAGACCUGCAACGGCAGUCAUCUGAGCUUAAAGAAUGCGUGGCCCAAUACCAAAAGCCAUUGCAAAAGGAGUCUUACGAGAUCAGGAUAAAAAGACACUUCAGGACUUUAAAGAAGAUUUUAAAGAAAGAAAAAUAUAGUGCUCAAGCAUGGGAACAGAUCCGGAGAGCUGUGAGAAGCCACCUUCAGAGGAUGGACAUCAUCGCAAACAAUGCUAAAAAAAGAGUUUAAGAGACAAUGUCAGAAAAAGUCCUAAUGACAGAAAAAAAAAAAUCUGACUUGUAGCAUUCCAUAGAGAAAAAAAAGUUACAAAAACUGCCUUACAAACAAAAACUGGAAAAA